AUGUCAUCAAGUGCCCCACGUCAAAAAGUUGCUGUUGUCACCGGUGCCUCUUCUGGUAUCGGAUAUGCUAUUACCAGACAAUUAGCCAAGCAUAAUUAUCAAGUGUAUGCUUGUGCAAGAAGACUAGAACCAAUUGAAACGUUAGUUGAUGAGUUUUCUACUACUCUAAUUAAGCCAUACAAGUUAGACGUUUCUAGUAUGGAAGAUAUUAUCAAGUUCAAAAACUUCUUGUCGGAGACCUUAAGGGAAGGCAAAUUAGAUGUGUUGUACAACAAUGCUGGCCAAAGUUGCACUUUUCCCGCCUUAGAUGUUACCGAUGCAAUGGUAGAGCAAUGCUUUAAGGUGAAUGUUUUUGGCCACAUCAAUAUGUGUCGUGAAUUGGCACAAUUUUUGAUUAACGCUAAAGGUACUAUUGUUUUCACUGGCUCCACAGCAGGUGUUAUUUCGUUUCCGUUUGGUAGCAUCUAUUCUGCUUCUAAAGCUGCUAUCCAUCAAUAUGCCAGAGGUCUACACUUGGAAUUGAAGCCAUUCGGUGUUAGAGUUAUAAACGCCGUUACAGGUGGUGUUAGUACUAAUAUUGCUGAUACCAGACCAUUACCACAAGAUUCAAUUUACAAUUUUGAAGAGGGUCAAGAAGCCUUUAAGGCCAGACAAUUGAUGGCAAAGAACAACCGUCCUAUGUCAGCUGAUGUGUACGCUGAAAAGUUGAUGAACGACAUUUUAAGCUCAAGAGAUCCUCUAGAUGUCUACAGAGGCACCAUGUCCAGUAUUUUAUCUUGGGUUUCAUUAAUAGUUCCAUAUUGCGUUCUUGAGUGGGGAUUAGUGAAGAAGUUCAAGCUCGAAAAAGUAUUCGCUGUCUUAAAGAAAAAGGAUGUCAAGAAAGAUUAG